GAAGACGCCCGUGACGUCUAAUCAUCGUCCAGCUUGAAUUCUCGGAUCCGAAAGAAAUAUGGCUAGACCACGAAAUACCCAAAUUCGCUUCUCAUUUGUCACUCUGACUGUUCUUGCACUCUUGCUUUGGACCAUAAGGAGGUAGCAAACAUCAUGGCACAGGUCGCGACGGACAUCCGCCGGACAUUCCCCCGAACCGACGAUGUGGUCGUUUCCUACAUCGCCGGACUAGUCGAUGAUGAAGAUGAAGAAGUGGAGGACAUUCUCGAUAUGACUAGAGGUAUGCUGCAAGGUGGGCCUUCGACCUCAGACUCGAAAGCUCUGGAGUCAUUUAUGGCCCGCCUGGUGACCUACCUCGAAUCGCAAUCACAUAAAAGAGUUCGUAAAUCCACUGCGGUUGCCCGUUUGGACAAAGCCAUCGAAAUGAGGACUCAGAAAAUGUCUGCGACAAUCGCUAUGACGGGUGCUGUCGAUCUCGAGUCCAAUACAAAAGGUCAAGCUUCCCGAGUGGAUCUGGCGAAAUUGGCCAAAGCCGAAGCCAAACUCAAGGCUAAGAUUGAGAAACGAUCCAAGCGGGACCUGUAUCAAGGCUCAAAGCUCAUCGACAUGCAGAAGAAACAACAGACCUACGAGGAAAUGUUUAUGAAGGUCAACCCGCUCGACUUGACAGGCGCUGCCAAGGGAAAAUCGAAGGAUAUUCAGCUGUCAAAUAUCGAUGUGUCAUUUGCGUCGAACAAAAUUUUGUCUGGAGCGAACCUCACCAUGGCUUACGGCAGACGUUACGGAUUGAUCGGACGAAACGGUGUUGGAAAAUCGACUCUCCUAAGGCACAUGGCACUAAGAGAGGUUCCGAUCCCGACGCAUAUUUCGGUACUGUAUGUCGAGCAAGAAAUCGUUGGAGACGAUACCUCUGCACUCGACUCUGUGCUUCAAGCCGAUGUCUGGCGACACAAAUUGACGCAAGAAGAGGCUGAGCUCAACGCACAACUCGAAGCCUUGGAGAAAAGACCAGUCAUGCAACCCAAUGGCGACGGUGCAGAUGCUGUUGAAGCAGCUGCAGCAGAUACCAAAACCAAGGACGCAGAAAAGGAUGAGCUGUCUCUCCGGCUCGGCGAAGUGCAGAAGAAGCUUGUGGAUAUCGAAGCUGAGACUGGUCCUGCUCGAGCUGGAUUACUGUUGGCUGGUCUAGGGUUCUCGGAUGCCGACCAGAAGCUUCCGACGAGGAGCUUCAGUGGUGGUUGGAGAAUGCGAUUGGCACUUGCGAGAGCCUUGUUUGUCAAGCCUGACCUGCUCAUGUUGGAUGAGCCGUCCAACAUGUUGGAUCUCAAUGCUAUUGCAUGGCUUGAAGACUAUCUCCAGACCUGGCCAAGUACACUGCUCGUCGUGUCUCACGAUCGAGCUUUCCUCGAUCACGUCGCUACCGAUAUCAUUCAUCAACACUCGCAACGACUCGAUUACUUCAAGGGCAACUUUACUCAGUUUUACGCAACCAAAACGGAGCGAGCGAAGAACCAACGGAAGGAGUAUGAAUCCCAGAUGCAGUAUCGUCAACAUCUUCAGGCGUAUAUUGAUCGAUGGAGGUACAAUGCCAACCGAGCUCCCCAAGCUCAGUCCCGUAUCAAGAUUCUUGAAAAACUUCCAGUUCUUGAGCCACCGGAGGAGGAUGACUCAGAAAGCUUCAAGUUCCCUGACCCUGAGAAGCUUUCACCGCCACUGCUGCAAUUGGACGAAGCGACUUUCGGAUACACCAAGGAGAAGAUUAUUCUCCGCAACGUCAAUAUCGAUAUCAAUUUGGAUUCUCGGAUAGCCAUUAUCGGACCGAACGGAGCUGGAAAAUCGACUCUCAUCAAGUUGCUCAUUGGAUCUGUUCAGCCUUUGAACGGAACGGCGAAUCACAACAAUCGAUGUCGUAUCGCCUACUUUACCCAGCAUCACAUUGAUCAAUUGGAUCUCAACGCCACGCCAGUCGGAUUCUUGCAAAAUCGAUUCCCUGGUAAAGUUGAGCAGGAGUAUAGAUCUCACCUCGGUUCAUUCGGAAUCACUGGUUUGACGGGUCUCCAAAAGAUUGGAACGUUAUCUGGAGGUCAGAAGAGUAGAGUGGCCUUUGCCGUUCUCAGUAUGCUUAGACCUCACAUCUUGUUGUUAGAUGAGCCAUCCAAUCAUUUGGAUAUUGAGGGGAUGGAUGCGCUUAUCGAAGCCAUCAAAGUAUACAAGGGAGGUGUCAUCAGUAUCAGUCACGACGAGCGAUUCAUCACCAAUACCUCGAAUCAGCUCUGGGUAUGUGCCGAGGGCAAAGUCACCAAGUACAUGGGCGACGUGACAAGCUACAAAGAACUUAUACUGGACAAUAUCAGGGCCAAGACUCGACCUUGAUCAGACGACAAUGCGGCUUGCCCGCCCAGGUACAAGCUUGACGCUGAGAAAAUGGCGCUCAAAUCGUAGGGAAUCCGAUGGGGUUUACGGGCUAUUAAAAUCAUGCAUGUUCAUUCCUUUCCAA